AUGGUAAAGGACGCAGCCUCGUCGCUCUGGGUUGUCCCAUUGAAUGUUGGCAGUCGGUCAGUCGAUUAUAAUAUAUUGUGAUGAACAAUUGCUUUGAUGUGUUUUGUUUAUUCGAUCUGUUUUGGCUUUUAUAGCGGAAGUUGAUGUGUUUUGUUAUAAGAGGCUAGAUCGGUUAAAAUUCUUGGGUUAUCUUAAUCUUGGUGGCUUUAAAGUGGCAUUUUUAGGGAAUUGACCUAAUAAUAAGGCAUUUAUUGUAGUUUUUGUUGUGUUUUCAUUGGGAAUGAGGAUUUUUGUGAUUUAUCAGGUUGUGUCAAAAGUUUUGAACCCCACACCUUAUAUUUCUGUACUGGGAGGUGGCUUGAAACUUUGUGCACAAACUAAUAGAAAUUAAAAUUUUGCCAUUUUAAAUUAGAAAAUUCAGUUCUUAAAUUAUUUUAUAUAAUCAUAACUUUUUACUUCAUAUUUUUGAUCAGAAAUCACUCGGCCAUCAACUUUUCAACGAAAAAAUUGUGUAGUUAAGAUAACAUAAAUUCUUUGAAGGUUAUCUAUGUUAAUAUUAUCUUAUCGCCACGUGUGUGUCAAUCUUGUUCAGAGAUUGUCACGCCAUUUGCAAAUGUUUUCUUUAGAUGACUUUUUCCAAAACCAACAUUCAGUUUACUUUGUUAAUCUAAAAGGUAGUUCUGAGGAAUGUAAAGUGAGGGGUUUUCAUUUGUGUUUUAGUUUUUAGCUUUUGUUAUAUUAGUAUUCCACUUUAAUUUAGCUAAACUUUCACCUUAAAGUAGUCGCUUAUUUAAAAAGUGGAUUUUAUUAUAAUUCUACCAGCUUUUUUCUGUUUUUCUGAUCAAAAACUUGUUAAAUAUUGGCAUUUUGUCAGCAAGAAAACUUUUAAAAUGCCUAUGUUUAACAUAUUAAUCAGACGUUUUUUAGAAUGUUUUCUGGAAAUUAAGUUUGUUAUGUUUAUGAGAUAUCAAAUUUCGGAUAAUUCAAUUAAUUUGUUUACACUUUUUCGGUUCUAAUUUCGAAUUCUGUUGGUUUAAUCCCUAUUUGUGGUUAUUUUUUAAAUGAAAUGAAAUGAAAUUGUCCGUGUUACUUAUUCUCGGUUUAUGUAGCUUUUUAUGUUUCAUUUGGUUAGUAUCUUACAAAUUUGUGCUUUUACUUUGAUUUUAUACUUUUUUUCUUUAGUUUUUUUCUUGUUUACUAUGUUAUCUAUGUGAAUUUUCUUUUUUUUUAAUAUAUUUUUAUAACUUUUGUAAUCUAAAAUAUUUUUUUAAAAUUAAUUCUUGGCAAUGUUUAAAGCUUUUUGUUUUCAGGGUAGCUGACUUGUCCGAACUCGCGGCGAACGGAACUCACGCACAACUGGUGAACGCCUUGUCAUCAGCACCGAGCUCAGUAUAUUAUAGUGUAGGCGCGGCAGCAACAAUCGGCGCAAUGGGUCUGUGGUGGAUGUGGUCGAAGGAGGGCAAAGUCAAGCCCAUUCUGGAUUUUAAUUCACAAACUAGGAAAUUGAAUGUGGGUUUUGAAAGAGUUUUUAUGGUUAAGCAAUAGGUGAUAAAGUAUCUUACAAAAAUGAUUUCAUUUUUAAGUUUUGUGAUUUUAAAGGCAUUUUAAAGUGAUUUUAAAGGCGGCUAUGGACAAUAUUUGAAUAUUUGAUUGAGGUUUUUCUCAUAUUGAUUAACGUAGGUAAAAGUUAUGUCUAACUGAUUAGAAAAACCCUUUUUAACAAAAAAUUAGACACAAUUAGGAUUGCAAAUGUUAAUGGAAAGUCAAUCAUUUUUGACCUUGAGUAAAAUGACUUACUUCAUUUGUCAAGGUUUGUUGGUUUUUACAGUGUAAACACAAAGAACAAAGAGGUUAUUUACGGUCCUUUGGGAACUUUUUUAGCUUUUGUGAUAAACAUAAUUAAUUUGAUAAAGAAAAAAACAUAAAUAAGGCAUGUUGAGAUGAAUUCGAAACAAAAACUUUAAAUUCUGAUGAAUUUAAAUUUAAAAAUUUAUAUUUUUAACGAUUUUAUAGUAAAAAGAUGAAAUUAUGACGAUUUCAAGUCUAAAUUCUAAAUUUCAGGACGGUUCCCGAGUCUCGACUUAUGUGAAAUCUGACAAUUUGUUCAAAGUUCUUCACAGCGACGUAACAACCAUCUAUGAAGCGUCUCGUCGUGGAGCCAAGGUCUCAAAGAACGGCCGAAUGCUUGGCUACAGGAAGAAACAAGUCGACGGAUCAGAACCCUACGUUUGGCUACACUAUGAUGAAGUACUGAAGCGUGCCGAUGAUGUCAGUUUGGCCUUGAGACAGUACGAAUUGCCAGCCGGUCAAGAAACUUUUGUCGGAAUCUACUCAAAGAAUCGACCAGAAUGGGUAAUCGUAGAACAAGCAACAUACAACUUUAACAAUGUUUUGGUGCCAUUGUACGAUACAUUGGGUCCAGAUGCGUGCUCGUUCAUCGUGAAUCAAGCCGAGAUCAAGAUUGUGUUUUGUGAUGCUGUUUCGAAGGCUAUGGGUAAGGUUUUUGAGAGUAGAAGGCUUGAGUUUGCAAGAUAUUUUUGGCAAACAUAACAUUCUUGAUCUCAUUAUUUAACUUUAUUAAAAUCAAGUUAUUAACAACCUUUUUAACAUACGGUAUUUUAGGUCUGUUGAAACAAAAGUCCUCAUGCCCAUCUCUGUCUAUCAUCGUUGUAUUCGACGCUGAUUUGAAGCCAGAACAGAUUGCUCAAGCCGAGUCCGAAGGCGUCAAAUUGGUCAGUUUUACCGAGUUUGAAGCAACAGGAGCCAAGUCUGAUAGAAAAGAGCAUCAACCACCAAAGCCCGCAGAUUUGUCAACCUUAUGUUACACUAGUGGAACUACAGGAACACCAAAAGGCGUAAUGCUAACUCACGGUAACAUUAUCGCUGAUGGAACUACUUUGGACUACUUUAAGAACUUUAAUGUGGGUUUUUGAUUUAUAAAAAAUUAUUUUUUUAGUUUAAAGUUUAUAUGUACAUUUAGGUUACAGUAAUUCUAAUGUUACCUAAUUUUAUAUUUAUUAAAAAUUGCAAAUUUUGAAUAAAAACGUCUUUUUAGGUAUCCCCAGACGAUUGCAUGAUGUCAUUCUUGCCCUUGGCACACAUGUUCGAAAGAGUUGUCCAAUCUGUGGUGUAUACCGUCGGAGGCCGUGUAGGCUUCUUCCGAGGCGAUAUCAAACAUUUGGCUGAUGAUAUCAAGACUCUGAGACCAACAGUUCUGCCAGUUGUACCACGUGUCUUAAACAGAAUCUACGACAAGGUCAUGAGCGAAGUCAACAAGUCCAAGGUGAAGAAAAUGCUCUUCGAAACCGCGUUGGCUUUCAAACAACGGGAGAUUAACAGGUAAGGACAGUUCCUUAGGCAUGAGUGGCCGAAAUUUUUUUAUUGUUAUUAUAUUUUGUAGGGGAAAUUUGGCUGUCAGCUAACUAUUGUUAUGUUUUGUAGUAAUUUCUAUUACUGAAAAUAAUUAAUAUUGUUUUUAGCGGUAUCGUACGCUCAACCUCCUUCUUUGACCAAGUCGUCUUCAAGAAGAUCCGUGAAGGCAUGGGUGGCCGUGUCCGCAUGAUGAUCACCGGCUCAGCCCCCCUCGCCGAGAACGUUCUCAACUUUGUUCGAUGUGUGUUUGGAGCUUUUGUCGUCGAAGGCUACGGUCAAACUGAGUGUGUAGCCUGUGCCACCAUCACAGUAGAAGGCGACGCUGUACCAGGCCAUGUUGGUGUACCAUCUCCAUGUUGUGCCAUCAAACUGGUCGAUGUGCCCGAACUCGGAUACUUUGCCAAGAACGACGCCGGAGAAGUGUGCAUCAGAGGCCCGAACGUCUUCAAAGGCUACUACAAGAACGAAGCCCAAACCAAGGAAACAAUUGAUGAAGAAGGAUGGCUACACACAGGAGACAUUGGCAAAUGGACAGAAAGAGGAACGCUGAAAAUUGUGGACAGAAAGAAGCACAUCUUCAAAUUGGCACAAGGGGAAUAUGUGGCUCCAGAGAAGAUUGAAAACAUUUACAGCCGAUCCGGUUUUGUAGCACAAUCGUUUGUUCACGGCGAAUCUCUAAAAACGUGCUUGGUAGCUAUCGUCGUGCCAGACCCGGAUGUUCUGCCAAAAGAAGCCGAUGUUAAACUGGGCCUAACCAACCUCUCGAUGGAAGAACUGUGCAAGAACAAGGACGUGAAGAAGAUGAUUUUAGAUGACAUGCACAAGAUCGGCAAAGAGUCUGGAUUGUUCAGCUUCGAGCAGGUGAAGGACAUCUACUUGUUCCACGAGCUGUUCUCGGUCGAGAAUGGCCUCCUGACUCCAACCCUCAAGUCGAAACGACCACAACUGAAGGAGCACUUCAAACCUCAGAUUGAGGACAUGUACUCUAGACUGGACUAA